GGAGGUGUCCCCAUCGGAGGCGUCGGAGGCGUUGGUCCCGUCGGUGGAGUCGGCUACGGUGGUGGUCUCGGCGGCUACGGUGGCGGUCUCGGCGGCGGCUACGGUGGUGGUGGCUAUGGCGGUGGCUAUGGUGCUGGCUACGGGCAAAGUGCCGGAGGCUUCCAGGGUGGCUUCAAACAAGGAGCCAGUGGGUACAACCAGGGCUCUGGAGGCUUCUCCGGAGGUGACGCUUUCAGGAACGUUCAGGGCUACAACAACCAGCAGGGGUACAGCUCCAGCACAGGCUUCUCUAAGACCGACUCGAACCGCUACGGAACCGGUUUCGGUCAGCACUCGGGUGGCUUCGCUGGUGGCUCCGCGGGUCACAAGUCCGGCUUCGGAAGCCAGAGCCACGGCCAACAAUUCGGCGGCGGAGUUGGAUAUUAGAAGG